CGCACGAGCAGGUUGCCGAACAUGUCCCACUGAAUAUCUCCGCCGCUGUGUCAGAGCCAGUUUCCCGUGCACCGAUGAGCAAGGCUUCCCCUCGCUCCUAUUAUCAGUAGCUACUGCCCUACAGAACUUGAAAUACAAAAGGUCAAGACCGCGUGUGAAGAGGGUUUAGGAAACGACCUAUUAAGGGGCGUUGUGGGCGAUAACGGGGGGAAACAAGUGAGUGUGGCGAUGAAGGUGGGCUCUGGGUGCUACCAUCUUAAGCGCAGCUGGUGAAGCUAGUGAGUUGUAAGGCAGGCAUUGGAGGCACUUCGCCAUGAGGCUCUUGGGUGUGAUAGCUCUCGCCCUCCUGGACUGCACCGGCGCCGACACAGUCAGGACCUGCCAACCGGAGGACUUCCACUACGAGUUUACUGAGUGUGAUGACGAGGGCGGCCGGUGGAGAGUGAGUGUACCCAGUCCUGAUACUUGUGAGGGCGGGGCUCCCAACCCUCCCAAACGCACACGCGACUGUAGUGUGUCAUGUGAUCCAGGAUGGUUCUUCAACCGAUCUGAGCUGGAGUGUGAGCUCUGCCCUAAUGGCACCUACUCCCUGGGUGGUGGAGUCAACUUCGACUCCUGGAAGACUCUUCCAAGGGGUUUUAGCUCCUACACUGAGGCCUUCAGAUCAAGCUUCAACUUAGGAAGGUGGCGUGGUGAUGUGGAUUGUAGUGAGUAUGGCUGGCAAGCCAAGGGUGACGUGCUGGCCAGUGAGGGUGGACAGUGUGCGGCUGUCCUGGUUUUUACUGUGAAACUCGUCAAACCUGGAGCUGUACACUACACCUAUCAAUACACUGAUGAGGAUAUCAUCUUUGAAUUUCAGGCUCAAGAUGAAGAAUGCCAGAGCAUUGAUGAUGCCGAUGCCUACAAGUGGCCACCACUCACCCGGGAAGGCCAGUGGCAGACCCGAAGUAUGGAACUGAAGCCUGGUCUCAAUGUUUUACACUGGAAGACAAUUGGAAUUGAAACACGUUUCUCCUCCAGACCUGUUUUGAUCAAGAGCAUUCAGAUCAGUGGUGUUGCUCAUUCAUCUGAGUGUAGCCCAUGUCCUGCAGGCACUUUCAGUGGGCCCGGAGCCCAUGAGUGCACAGAGUGUGAUGAAGGUUCCUACUCUCCUCGGGGUUCCUCUGUAUGUCUGCCUUGUGACCCUGUUAAACAGUAUGCUCCAAAAGGCUCUGCAGUUUGUCUUCCACGCCCCCCAUGCACAUCACAAGAUUAUUAUGAGAUUGAUUCGGCUUGUGAUGAAAAAAAUGAGACUCGUGCUGUGUACAAGUGGGUGGAGCCCAGGGUAUGCAGAGAGCAAGUGAAGGGUUCGGUGUCAUUACCCCCAUCAGGAGAAGUCAAGACAUGCCCACCGUGUAAUCUAGGAAUGCAUUACACCACUGGAUUAGGUUGUAUAUUCUGUCCUAGGGACGAACACAGUGAUGGACUUUCCCCAUGUAAGCCGUGUCCCCCAAGCACAGCACCCAACUAUGGGUAUCAGUACCAGUGGUGGACAGGCAUGCCACCUAACAUGGCUGCUACCUGUAUGUCUGCUGAUGAGGUUGGGUGUAGCACUGCCAAUGGCUGGCAGGUAGGAGGAGAUCACAUUCAUUCUGGACGGGGCCAUGCAGAUGAUGCUUAUCUUGUUCUCAGCCUCAAGGUUGGAGGAUUUCGUGGACGUGAAGGCUUUGUCAGUGGGAGGCCUAUGGAAGUGGGUCGCAUUUCCUUCACUUUUGAACUUUCCUGUGCCUCCGACUGCGAGUUUGUUUUUAUGGAAGCCUCUGCCAAGAAUGGUGUGACAAUCAUCAAACGUUUUAAGGGAGCUCAGCCUCGCCAGUACUACAGCUAUCUGGUCACACGUAAUGACUCGUACACUUUCUCCUGGGCAUUCCAAAAGGUGUCCUGGGAAAAGAGCUACUCGAAGAUAGGGUCAUUACGUAUGUUUGAAACAGACAUGGCAAAGGUGUUCAAUAUCAAUGUGACUAACACUAUUGAUGGUGGUGCAUCUUCCUGUCUUCCAUGUCCACAAGCUCCAGCUGCAGCAGGGUGCAUUCCUUGCCCAGCCGGCCACUACAUAGAAAACAACACGACUGAAUGCACUCGCUGCCCCUCCAACACUGUCGUGACAGACCCAUUGCCUUAUGGCUCACAAUCCUGCCUUCCCUGUGGUCCUGGACUAACUGCCCCAGAUCACCUCACAUGUAUUGUUGAGUGCCGUCUGACUGUGGAUAACAGAACAUAUGAUUUAACAAACAUUAGCAAUGCACGAGCCAUGAUGGGGAGCACCCUCUUCACAUCGUCAGGAACAAAGUUCUUCCACAUGUUUAAUAUUUCACUUUGUGGAAACACCAGUGUCACCUGUGCCAACAAUGUUUCCUACAACAUGGAAGGAGAAGUAACUUCGGUUAUAUCACGUGUGUGCCGGUCUACCAUCGUGCCAGGGAUGGAAGGAAUGGCUGAAGCAGGAAGGAUUGGUGCGGUAGCUACGCAGUCUGUGACCCUUGGUGACCACCUAGUUGGUGUUACUACAAACAUUACACUCAUGGAUAUCACUGUUAUACAGGAAUUCCAACAGCCAAAUAAUUCUUUUAAAAAGGACCUACACUUUUUCUAUACAACACCAUUAUCAACACAUGCAUGUCCCAAGGGCAGGAGCACAACCGUGACCCUACGCUGUGAUCCUGAUGAGCUAGGUGAAGGAAAGGUAACCCUGCCCCAUCAGUGUCCGGACGGCACCUGUGAUGGCUGCAAUUUCCAUUUUCUCUGGAGCUCUGCACUUGGCUGCCCUGAAUGCUCAAAGGAUGAUCUGAUUGUGGUCCAUGGGGAGUGUGAAGGAGGAAAGCAGGAGGUGCACUACAUUGCUCCCAAGAAUUGUCGUGCUCCAGAUGCUAUUCCUGGGGGUCAUUCUGUCCGCUGUAGCACCAGACUUCCAUUCCUUGUGGAGGUAAUUGUUUUGAGCACAAUAAGCAUGGCAUUGAUGUUGUGCUUACUCCUUUUCUGUCUCUGGAAGAAGAAUCAGCGCCUUGAAUACAAAUACAUGAAGUUGGUAGCCAGCGCAUCAUCAAAGGAUGGGAUGAUUGACUUGCCACCAGCAGAAUCUUGUGCCCUGGAUGAUGGAGAAGAGGAGGAGGUGCAGUUUACACAGACUCCACCUAGGGGUAUCCUUAGCAAACUUAUGCAUAACAAAAUAGCACCAACUGAAGGACGUGGAUUGCUGACGCCGACUAUGAUACUUUCUUCCAAAGACGCUUUAACGUGAAUGAUUCAUUACUUACUACUGUAAUGAAGAUUUUCCCUUUUCAAAAUUGUAGAAAGACAGAACUGAAAAUUAGUUAUAAAAUACAACAAAGUUGAAUGAAAGUAAAAGAAUUCUGUUAUGGCAAAUGUUAUAUAUAAACCAAAGAUCUAAGCUCUACUAUUUGUACUGGCAUACACAAAUUUAGGUACAGUUCUAGUAAAUAUUAUAAUACAGUAAUUGAUGUAUGUGCUAUACUGUGCAAAUCAGAAUUUUUGGUAUGAGAAAUAUACUCAGUAGUAUAAAACAAACAUACUGCUGUAUUAUAAAUGUAGAAAAAUAAUAUGCCAUAAAAUAAAGAUUAGCAUUUUACUUUAUGAUAUAUUAAUAGCAUGAAGUUUCUGCUAAUCAUAUUUUGUAACACUGUUCAUAUAACUAUUUACCAUUUUCAUUAUUAAUUUGUCAGUUAUAUAUAUUUCAGAGUGCAAAGUGAAUGAAUGUUUACUUUGAACCCACAGUCUGUUUAUAUCCUAAUGGGACUGAUGGCCCUUUGAACCCAUAACCUGUUUGUAAAGUCAAUUUUGGGCUGUGACAGUUAAUGUUUGGGCAUUGCACUUAAGAUGUUUGUUUGCACAAAGUUGAUUGACUCAAUAUAACCACAAAAAUAUUUUUAAAUCUAUUAGAUUGUAUAAUUUAUUUUUAAGAGUAUUAUUCUAAAAUUGUAUAAAGCUUCUUAUAAACUGAGAAACAUUUAAAUUUUGAGCAUAGGCUUCGAUAACACUUCAUUUACAAUUACUAUGCCUAUAGGCCUAUUUUCUAGUCCUCGCAGAAUAUAUAAUUACAGAAUUAUGUCACGGCUAUUGAUACAGUAAUAUCAAUAGAUUAUAUUUCAGUUGUUAAGCCAUUUGACAAACAUUUUGAUCUGAUAUUUAGUUUUACAACUUUCUAUUAAUGUGGUGCUUCAGGCACAAUAAUAUAUUACUGGCACCUGAAACACAGUACAGGUAGAAUUCUACUGUUAAUGUGUCUCGGGAAAAUGUUAAAUUUUUUUGGCAUCUAAAAUAGUUUGCAAGAAAUUCUUUUGGCACGAUGUGUAACCAUGUAACAAUACAACAAAGGCCAUUAUCAUAGGAUAAAUAAUUCAUACUUGUGUAAAGAUUUGAACCACACCAAGUCUUUCACACACUCCUGAGUGCAUUAUCACGGUCUAAGUAUAUGGUUUGGUUCCAAGAAGCUAUUCUUGGAAUUAAGAGUUGACUAAGUUGUGAGAUUUGUGUUGUUGCUGUGUACUGAACCUUUCCAGUGUAGUCAUUUCUUUGAAAAGUCAUGGAGAAAGUGGGGUCUCCAUGCAUGGAUACAGUAUUCCAGAUGGGGGUUGUACAAGGGAUUUGUACUACUAAAAAGCACAAAAACAUUAAAAAUACUGUAGUGUACAAAAAAGAACAAAUCAAUAUAGUAUCCAUCUGGCUUCCAUAAUGAGUGCUAUGGGAAUCCGUAUGGAAGGUGACUUCUCCAGACAAUGUAUGAUAGGAAAAUUAAUUAGUUAUUUGGAUGCACAGUACGAUAACUGUUUUAGAGUUUAUUAUACAGAACUGUAAUUAAAAUAAAGGCGCGAGACUAACAUUCACAGUCGCAAAUGGAGUGCUGUAAGCACAAUAUGUACUAUUUUUAGAUCGCAGUACCUGUAUGCAGUAAUCAUGAAGAAGAAAUGCAUUUUAUGCAACAAAUAUUUAUGCGAUAUAAACAAAUCCACAAGAGCCGUGACGAGGAUUCAAACCUGCGUCCGAGAGCAUCCCAGAUGCUGCCUUAAUCGACUGAGCUA